CAGUAUAAUGGCUUGAAAAAUCAAGGUGCCACCUGCUACUUAAAUGCAGUAUUGCAAUGUCUAUUCAUGACCCCAAAUUUCAGAGAGGCAGUGGUGAGUUAUGGAGCUUCUCAAGAUUGUGGUGAGGAAAAUCUCCUGCAACAACUUAAGAAGUUGUUUAAACAGCUGUCAGAAGCAGCAGCCACAACUGAAGGAAUAACCAAGAGUCUUGGAGUAAGAAAUGUUUUUGAGCAACAAGAUGCAGUGGAAUAUUAUCGAAAGAUUUUGAAAGCAGCGGGGACACCUGUCACUGAGGUCUUUGAAGGGAAAAUGAGCAACAUAGCAAACUGCUGUAAAUGUGGCAAUAAAACCAAAGAAACCAGUACCUUUAUUUCAAUACUUCUGUCUAUUGAUGUUGGAAAUGAUGAGACAUAUGAUGUGGAAAAUGGUCUGAAAAACUUCUUUAAACAUUCAAAACUAGAAGAGGAUGACUGGAUGUACUGUGAUAUAUGUGACCAAAAAACAGAAACAGAAACUUGGAGUGAAAUAGAUGAAUAUCCCUCUGUCCUCACUCUGCAUCUGAAGAGGUUUGACUUUGAUUACAUACAGAUGAGAUUCAAGAAGAAUGAAUGUUAUCUGGAUGUACCUCCAAGUCUACAUAAUGGGGAUAAUAGGCCUAAAUACGAUCUUUAUGCCGUUAUCAACCAUAAGGGUGGAUACACUGGUGGACACUACGAUGCAAUUAUCAGAUCUUAUGAAAAUGAUUUUUGGUACCGUUUUGAUGACUACACCGUGACAAGGACUUCAGAAGCAUUACUGAAAAACUCAAACCUACCAUACAUGCUGAUGUACAGAAAAGCUGUGUUGAGCCCCAGCAGCGAUCCACAUCCUGAAAAGAACCUUCAAAAUCCCGUAAGGAGCCUACCACAUCCUGUAGAGAUCCUACCAUAUCCUGUAAGGAUCCUUCUAAUAGGGCCAUCGAGAGCUGGGAAAAGUACAGUAGGCAACAUUAUCCUUGGCGAAAACUACUUUCCUUGUGAAAGUGGAUCAAGGACUGUGACCAAAGAAUCCAUGGCAAAGACAGUGGAAAAUGUAACUGUAGUGGACACUCCAAAUCUCUUUUCCCUUGAUCAAUUGAGUUGGAGAACAGAAAUGGAAAGAUGCACUGAGCUAUGUGAUCCUGGCCCCAAUGUGAUUCUCUGGGUAACACCAAUAUCUGAAUUUAGUGAUCAGCAGCAAGGUCUAUUUCAUGCCUUCCGAAAACGACUAGAUUCAGGAACCACACUACAUAUGAUGAUUAUCUUUACACAUGGCAGAAAUCUUAAAGAGCAAAACAUUGAAAGAUUUAUUUCUGAUCGCAGCAAGCUUUGUAAAGUGGUCCGUAGCUGUCAGGAAAGGUAUCAUGUCAUUGACAUCACUGAUGGACACAAUUAUGCCCCAGAACUGCUUAAAAAACUCUGCAACAUGGUGACAUCAGAGUAUACUGCAAUUUCAAAAGGACAAUUAAAGCGUUGCACUAGAAGGGAAAGGUUAAGAAGAAGGCAAAAAUCCAUUAAGCACUGAAAAGAGCUCAAACGUCUUGAGUAUUGCACACAAAAUAACUAAAAAGAAUUUGAGUGCAUGAAACUGUGAGAAAUGAGAGAAGAUAAAAUCUUUUGGAAUGUGGUGAAUCACUGAAUGUUUUGAAUUUUCUUUUGAUUUCCUUUGAAUGUUUUUUGUACAUUAUUAUUUUUAAAAAAUUGACAUUGACAAAUUAAGUUCUUGAAGAAUGCUGAUAAUUGAAGAAUCUGAAAAUUGAAAAUAAACAACCAUA